CAUAAUUUUCUAUUGAAAUUUCCCAUUUUCUCUUCAAUUUUUUUUCCUCGCUCUAACAGCGACGAUCGAUUUCAUUCAAUUUCUUUGCCGUCAGAUCUUAAAUUUUCAUUCUAGAUUCAAUCAGUGUGACAGGCUGCUUCAUUUCGAACUCAGGCGAGGAUGAAGAAGGCUAUCGGUCAAACUGUUAGAGAACUCAAGAGAGAGGUUAAUAAGAAGGUUCUAAAAGUUCCUGGAAUAGAGCAGAAGGUUCUUGAUGCCACCAGUAAUGAGCCCUGGGGUCCUCAUGGAUCACUUCUUGCAGAUAUUGCAAUGGCUACAAGAAACUAUCAUGAGUAUCAGAUGAUCAUGACAGUAAUCUGGAAACGUCUAAGUGACACUGGAAAGAAUUGGCGUCAUGUCUACAAGGCUCUGACAGUUCUGGAAUAUCUUGUUGCUAAUGGAUCAGAGCGAGUCAUAGAUGACAUAAGAGAACAUUCUUAUCAAGUAUCGACCUUGUCCAAUUUUCAGUAUAUUGAUUCUAGUGGAAGGGACCAAGGUAACAAUGUCAAAAAAAAAUCUCAGAGCCUUGUGGCCCUAGUAAGUGAUAAAGAAAGAAUAAUUGAAGUAAGACAAAAGGCUGCAGCUAACAGGGACAAGUUUCGGAAUACAUCAACAGGUGGAAUGUAUAGACCAGGUUCAGGGGGAUAUGGUGACAGAUAUGAUUAUGGAAACAAAGAUUAUGAUGAUCAAAAUGGUUAUGGAAGAGACCGGGAGUAUGGCUACAAAGAUGAUGAUCGGUAUGGCAGAUAUGGGGAUUCAAACAGUCGCGAUGGAGAUCGUUAUGGCAGAGAUUAUGAAGACCGCAACAGUAGAGAUGGUUACAGGGAUGAUGACUACCGAGGUAGAAGUACAAGUGUUGAUGAUUAUCAAUAUGGCACAAGAUCUAGGAGCUCUGAUAGAGACCAUACUUUUGAUGAGGAUGGUGCUUCUUCUCGGGACAGCGGUGUUAGAGCUGAUGUUCACUCUCAGGAUGGAAGACAGCAUGAGCGGAAGCAUUCUGAACAAAAUGUUGGUGCUCCUCCUAGUUAUGAAGAAGCAGGGAAUGAGACUCAGAGUCCUGUCCAUAGUGGAAGGGUUGGCCAAACUUCUGCAGCAGCUGCUCCCGGGGCUUCUCCUCCUGCUAGUAAUAAUAAUCCUAACCAAGCAGCCCCUGAUCGUAUUAAUUCAGCUUCUCCUCCAAAUCAACAAGUCGAGGCCUUUGAUGAAUUUGAUCCCCGCAGUCCAGUUUCAGCUGCCCCAACUGCUGCUCCUGCAGCUGUCCCUGCUCCUGCUGUUCCCACUGCUUUAACCAAUGUUGAAAUGGAUUUGUUGGACGCUCUGUCUGAUUCAUUUGCCAUCGUGCCAGUUACACCUGAAACCCUUUCUACCGAGUCUGAUGCCCAUGCAAACUCCGGUGCUAUGUCCACCUUUGCUGCUAAUCAGUCGGCAUCUAGUUUUGGAAAUCAGGGUUUUAAUGAUCCAUUUGGUGAUAAUCCUUUUAAAGCCGUCCCUUCAACUGAUACUGCCCCAGCUGCACAACAAAUUUCUACUUCCAUGCCUACUUUCCAACCUGCAACAAACCAAAAUGCAGUAGCUCCUCAACUACCUGCAAAUUCCGAGACAGUUGCAAACUUCGACUUUGGGGAUUCAUUCUCUGCCAAUGCUUACUCUGCACCUGGUGUCUCCACCGUACAACCUCCAUCAACAAACCCCCAGUUUCUGCCUCAGGAAUUGUCAACUCCAAAUCAGGAAAAUAAUACACUGGCAGAUAUUUUUCCACCUUCUGGACCUGCACAGCUGAGUGCUAGCGCAUAUGGCCAAUCUGUGCAGCCAAGUGCUAAUCCUUAUAGCCAACCGCCACAAUCUGGUGCUAAUCCCUAUGGCCAACCCUCACAGCCAAAUGCUAAUCCAUAUGGUCAACCUGCACAGCCAAAUGCCAGUCCAUAUGGUCAACCUGCUCAGCCAAAUGCCAGUCCAUAUGGUCAACCUGCACAGCCAAAUGCCAGUCCAUAUGGUCAACCUGCACAGCCAAAUGCCAGUCCAUAUGGUCAACCUGCACAGCCAAAUGCCAGUCCAUAUGGUCUACCUGCACAGCCAAAUGCCAGUCCAUAUGGUCAACCUGCACAGCCAAAUGUCAGUCCAUAUGCCCAAACCAUGCAAUCAAGUUCGAAUAAUUCAUAUGGUAAUUUCAACCCACAGAUCGUGUCUAUGGCCCCUCAGAUCCCAGAAUGUGCUGCCCAAAGCAGUAAUGGGAGCUUCAACUCUCAGAUAGGUUCUAAUGCUCCUGUCAGUUCACACAUGCCUGCUCAACCUCUAAAUAACAAUGAUCUCCUGGGUGGCUUAAUGUCACAACCAGGCUCAAAGCCUUCAAUGGCACCACAGACAGUCACUCCAUCGGCAGGAGCACUUGGUAUAGUUCCAGUUUCACAACUAUCGAAGGAUAAAUUUGAGACCAAGUCAGCAGUUUGGGCUGAUACAUUGAGCAGAGGACUAGUCAAUCUGAACAUAUCUGGACCUAAAACAAAUCCGCUGGCUGAUAUCGGAGUGGACUUUGAUGCUCUUAAUCGGAAGGAAAAGAGGAUGGAAAAACCCGCCCCAAAUGCAGUAACAUCUACAAUCACAAUGGGUAAGGCUAUGGGAUCGGGUUCUGGGAUUGGUCGUUCUGGUGCUAACACUUUUAGACCUCCAGCAAAUCCUAUGGCUGGAGGCAUGGGCAUGGGGGGAGGCUAUGGUGGUAUGAAUCAACAACCUAUGGGCAUGGGAAUGGGGAUGAACAACAUGGGAAUGAAUCCAGGAAUGGGGAUGAACAACAUGGGCAUGAAUCCGGGAAUGGGGCAGAGACCCUACAUGCAACCACAAGCUGGAAUGCCUGGUGGUUAUAACCCUAUGAUGGGUUCCGGUGGCUAUUCUCAACAGCCAUAUGGUGGCGGUUAUCGAUGAGAAUGAGUUGCCAUACCAGACGUGUAAAACGAAGUUACAUACGAAGCUUGUGAUAUAACAGAGUUAAAAAGAGAUUGAAAUAUAGCUAAACCUUAGGUGUCCCUGGUCGAAUCCCCCGAGUAGAAGCUGUAGUUUUGAAGUCCCGCAAAAUUGUGUUGGCAGUGGCCUGAUGGGAUCCAAUGAUGCUUUUAUUAUUUCUCAUUCUUGCUUAAGCUAUUGCACAGUUUGGACCAUACUGAGUCCUAUUGGUUCAAUGCCUGGUUUGAGCUGUUGUGAAAUUGUGUAUUUCUCAUGUUUGCUUUAUUAGUAUUUCUGC